GCACACACACACACACACGCAUGCGCGCGCGCGCGCACACACGAAAGUUUUUGGAAAGUACACAGUUUUUCUCAGCUGCAUGAUGGAGAUGAAGAAGCUUCUCGCGCUGCUCUGUGUUUUGUGGAGUGUUGUUUGUGUGACGGAGUGUGUGUGGAGAAAUGGCCCGAGACGCCAGAGACGUGAGACCUGUACCGAAGGGCUGUACAGUACAAGUAAUGGAAUCAAGUGCUGCCAGUGUCCCAAAGGUCAUUACUUGGUGGAGGACUGCACUUCACCUGAAGGUAUCCCGAAGUGUGAGGUGUGUCUCUUAGGAACGUAUCUGGAUCACGUGAACCACGAGAGAAAGUGUGAACCCUGUAAGACCUGCGGCAGUAACGAGAACAUGGAGGUACAAAUGAGAUGUUCCCUUUCCUCUAACACCGUGUGCCGCUGUAAGGACGGUCAUUACUGCCAUAAAGGGGACGAGUGUAAAGUCUGUUACCAGUGCAGCACGUGUGAAGAGUAUGGGGUCAAAGAGCCCUGCACUCCCACCAAUGACACACAGUGCCAUGAGAAAACGAACACAUCUCAAGGGAAAUAUUUCAUUAGCAUCAUGGUGACUUUCAUCCUAAUAAUAAUAACAGCUGCAGUGUGCGUAUAUUUUUUUCGCAACAACAAAAUGUUCUGUUUUAAACAACCUGAGGAACCACACACAGAAAUGCUGUUGGAUGUAGAUCCAAAUUUGGAACCGUUUCUGCAUAGAAUUGUGGAAAUUCUGGGUUUUAAGGUGGUCCGGACUUUAGUCAAAUGGAAAGGUUUGCUGCCUCAGGCCACCAUAGACAACAUAAUGGAUGAACAUCCUCAUGAUGCGAAGGAACGUGCGUAUCAGCUGCUGAUGACCUGGUACCAGAAGCAUGGCAUGAAAGGAGCUUACAAAACACUCUGUGAGAGUCUCAUCUCCAUGAACAUGAAGGCUACAGCUGAUAAGGUGUCUGAACUCAUCCAAGAAGGACAAUGUAAUGAAAAUGUGAAACAGAAUGGAAACAUCUAGCUUUUAAACUCAAUAGUUUUAAACUCUAUUUUAGGACAAUUCAAGACUCUUUGAUGUUUUUUGAAUGUUUUUGAUGUUCCACAAAUAUUUGUUUAUGACAACAUCUUCACCUGAACAUCACUCACUUCUAAUGAGGACGAUGACCCACAUGGACCAGACGUUACCUUCUAUCCUUCCACACAACAAUCAUAAACAAUGUCCUGAAUGUUUUUCCUUCGAGGCUGCAACUGCUUAUAGCCUCAAGAUGUUUUGGUCUCCGUCAUUGAAUAGUCUUUCCUUCCUUCCAUCCAUCCGUUCAUCCAUCUAUCCAGAUUCUGUGCUACCUAAACAGAGCAUCACAGGGAACCAGGAGAUUGUUCUAGCGGACGUUAGGAAGGUCUUCCUCGUGUCAUCUCAGGAAGUGUUUCUCCAACACACUCACCUCUAGCUUGCUUAUUAUGCAUAAAUAUAAAAUGUACAAAAACCUACAUUUCUAUAUAGCUGCUUUAUGUCCAACAGGCUGCACAAUAGUUAAAGUUAUAGUUAAAGUAUAAAAUAGAGUUAAGUGCCAUAGAUUUACUGUCUAUGUUGGUGUUAUGGAACCUGUGCCAAAAGUAAUAAAUGUUACACAGUUAUUUCUACACUGUGGUUCUGUUAUAUCACUAUAACACUGUACAUUGUUCUGUAAAGCUGCUUUGAGACAAUGUCCAUUGUAAAAAGCGCUAUACAAAUAAACCUGAACUGAAUACA